CGCCUCCAGCACCCGCCGCGCCGCAGCUCCGGGACCGGCCCCGGCCGCCGCCGCCGCGAUGGGCAACGCCGCCGCGGCCAAGAAGGGCAGCGAACAAGAGAGCGUGAAAGAGUUCUUAGCCAAAGCCAAAGAAGAUUUUCUUAAAAAAUGGGAAAAUCCUGCUCAGAAUACAGCCCAUUUGGAUCAGUUUGAACGAAUCAAGACCCUCGGCACGGGCUCCUUCGGGCGGGUGAUGCUGGUGAAGCACAAGGAGACCGGGAGCCACUUUGCCAUGAAGAUCCUCGACAAACAGAAGGUGGUAAAGCUGAAACAGAUUGAGCACACCCUGAAUGAAAAGCGCAUCCUGCAAGCGGUCAACUUUCCGUUCCUUGUCAAACUCGAGUUCUCCUUCAAGGACAACUCAAAUUUAUACAUGAUCAUGGAGUACGUGCCUGGUGGGGAGAUGUUCUCACACCUGCGGCGGAUCGGGAGGUUCAGUGAGCCCCAUGCCCGCUUCUACGCAGCCCAGAUUGUCCUGACCUUUGAGUACCUGCACUCGCUCGAUCUCAUCUACCGGGACCUGAAGCCGGAGAACCUCCUUAUCGACCAGCAGGGCUACAUUCAGGUGACAGACUUCGGUUUCGCCAAGCGUGUGAAAGGCCGCACCUGGACCUUGUGCGGCACCCCCGAGUACCUGGCCCCCGAGAUCAUCCUGAGUAAAGGCUACAACAAAGCUGUGGACUGGUGGGCCCUGGGGGUUCUCAUCUAUGAGAUGGCCGCUGGCUACCCGCCCUUCUUCGCUGACCAGCCCAUCCAGAUCUAUGAGAAGAUUGUCUCUGGGAAGGUGCGGUUCCCGUCCCACUUCAGCUCCGACCUGAAGGAUCUGCUGCGGAACCUCCUGCAGGUGGACCUCACCAAACGCUUUGGGAACCUCAAGAACGGGGUCAAUGACAUCAAGAACCACAAAUGGUUUGCCACGACUGACUGGAUCGCCAUCUACCAGAGGAAGGUGGAAGCUCCCUUCAUACCAAAGUUUAAAGGCCCUGGGGACACAAGUAACUUUGACGACUAUGAGGAGGAAGAGAUCCGAGUCUCCAUCAAUGAGAAGUGUGGCAAGGAGUUUUCUGAGUUUUAGGGGUGUGCCUGUGCCCCCAUGGGUUUUCUUUCUUUGUUUCUUUUUUUUUUUUUUUUUUUUUUGGUGGUGGGUGGGAGGGU